AUGCAAUAAUCUUAAUCAUUUAUAAAAACCGAUAAAAAGUGUGAUAGACAACACGAUGAGGGAUCAGACAGAUUAAUAGCUAUUUGUUUAAAUCCUCAUUGUGAUAAAAGGUUAAUGUGUUGCUUCUGUUAUCACGAUUAUCAUUGUGAGCAUGUAAAGGAUGUUAAGACAAUUGCACAAGUUUAAUAAUUAUGUAAAGAUUCAAUUAUUAAAUUUGACAAAUUGCAACUUACUAUUACCUUAUAAUAGAAAGCUGAUUAGUUUAAGUCAGUUGUUUAGAAUAUCAAUGAAUAAUUGGAGAAAUUACUAUAAUUUUAUAUUCAUGAUAUACAAUAAUUGUAUUAGAUGUUAGAGGAUUUAGCAGAUAGUUUUGUAAUUUUACAAUAAGGAAAUAUCAAUCAAUUUACAAAUGAAUAAUGUGAAUUAUUGACAACAUUUCAUGAUGAAAGAAUUCUAGAUAAUAUUGAAGAUAUUUCUAAUUUUAUUGGAUAGAAAAUGGGAAUAUAAGAUUUACUUAAAAUUAGUAAUGAUUUACAUGAAAAAUUAAUGAUGCUUGAUAUUAAUGAAAUAUUUGAAAAAAAUAUAUAUAAUGAACAAUUGAAAAAGUUUGUUCAAUCUCAUGAAAUUAAAUAUGAUUGGAUUUAACCUGAAUUUUUAUUAACUAGAAGUCCUGAGGUUGCUAAAAUAGUAUAUCCAAAUGAAGAUUUCUAUAUUGGAGAAGUAAAAGGAGAUAAGAAGUUUGGUAGAGGUAAAAAUAUAUAUGAUAAUGAUAGGAUUAUUAUUUAAUAAAAUACCUUAGACAUAUUAAUAUGGUGUAUUUAGAGAGGAUAAUUUUGUUUGGGGUCAACAAUUAAUGGUAGAUUAGAAAAAACGUUACUGGAUUAAAUAAGGAAAAUGGGUCAAUGGAAAAAUAGAAGGUAAAGGGAUUCAUGCCUUGUUUAAAGGAGAGUAUUAUUAAGGAGAUUUAAGGAGUGAUAUAAGAGAAGGGUUUGGAAUAAUGAGAUAUACUACAGGAGAUGAAUAUUAAGGAUAAUGGAAAAUGGGAUAAUUUAAUGGUAAAGGAUUGUAUAAAUAUGCAAAUGGAGAUGAAUAUGAAGGAGAUUAUGUGUAAGAUAGAAAAGAAGGUAUAGGAUCAUAUCAAUAUCAAAAUGGAGAAUUAUAUGUUGGUUAAUUUAAAGCUGGUUUGAGACAUGGUAGUGCUAUAGUCAAAUUUCCAAAUGGAGAUAUGUAAAUAAAUAUAGUUUAUUUAGAUAUACAGGAGAAUAUGUGAAUGAUAAGAAGGAAGGACCUGGAGUAUACAAAUAUAUUAAUGAUAAUAUUUUUGAAGGGACUUACAAAGAUGGACAAAGACAUGGAUAAGGGAUCUUCACAGAUGUUGUAAAUGGGAUAAGAGAGAUUGGUGAGUUUGUUUAAGGUAAGUAACAUGGAGAACAUAUGAUUUUUAAGUUGUUGAAGGAUAAACCAUAUUGUAUAAAUGUUUACGAUAAUGGAAUUCUAGUUAAUACAAAAUCAUUAUGA